AUGAGUUCAAAUUUAACUGAUCAUGAAAGUUCGACAAAUAUUGAAUCUAAAACUUUACCAUCAAUAAAUCAUUCAUUUACAAAUCAUCAACAACAACAACAAUUUCAAAAUCAAAAUCAAAAAAAUGACAACAAUAUUAACAAUGAUAAUUCAUUUAACAAGCCACAAGUUUCAAAUCUAACAAAGACAUUGUUAUCAUCUACUACCACUCCUUCAGCAAGCGUUCCCACUACCACCACUGCUACUACUACAACUAGCGAUAAUUCAAAUGACAACGUGGCGAAUCAUCUGACAACAGAUUAUAUAUCUGGUAUACAUUAUGAUGAUAAAAAUAACAACCAAAAAUCUAAUACAACUCCAAAAUAUAAUGGAUCAUUUCCUCAAAAUAUUCCAAAUUCAAAUAACUCUUUUAAUUAUAUACCAUCAUCACAUAAUACUCCAACAGUAGUUGGAACUUCAUAUACUUCAAAUCAUUCUUAUAAUGCUUCAUUGCCAUCAACUAAUAAUUUUAUAUCUCAACCAAUACCUUCAAAUUCUUCUUUUCAUAAUGAUAAUAAUAAUAAUAAUAAUAAUCAACACAAUAUAAAUCCACCAAGUUCUGUAUCAUCAAGUUUUAAACCAAAUUCUUUAACUCAACAUGCAUUACCUACAACAAAUGUUUAUACUGAUACAGUUACUUCAUCUUCUUCAUCAUCAUUACAAAAUAGAAAUAAUUUUCCUUCAAUAACAAAAUUUACUCCUUCACUGUUAAAUCAAGGACAACAACCACAACAACAAACUUCUUCAUUUUCUAUCCCCAAUACUUAUCAACCCCCAAUGGUUUAUCAUCCUACACAAUUUGGAAGUAGUGCAUCUUCAUUACAACAUACUCAACAACAAAGGAUACCUAGUUCAUUACCAACAAACCCAUUAUUUAGUCAACAAUCUUCAGUAUUAGAUCAAAAUCAAAACCAACCACAUCAACAACAACAACAACAACAGCCGCAAUAUGUUAAUCGACUUCAACAAAUAUUGUCUCACGAUAAACAAUCAAGUAAUUCUUUACCAAGUUUGGGUACUAUACCUAUAUCACAAGAUAAGAACAAUUUCUCACAACAAUCAUCACAAUUUCAAAAUCAAAACCAACAAUUUUCAGAACAAAAUAAACAAAAUCAAAAUAAAUCACAACCAUAUAUACGUCCAGAACCUGAUCAUUAUCUUACAUAUAAUGAAUUUUUACAACAGCUUAAUAAAAAAGAUCAAUUAGAAAAUGGUACAAAUUUUGAAGAACAUUUAAAUAUAGUUGAUUUCCCAGUAAAUGAUCUUAUUAUAAUGUUAUCAUGUUUAUUAACUAAAAUAAUUGAAGCAAAUGAUAAAUUACAUCCAAAUCAUUUUGAAAAUACAAUUGCAAUAAGACAAAAGAUAAAAGAAGAAAAAAAAAUAAAAAAAUUACAACGUAAAAAUAAACAAAAAGAAAUUAAUCAAGGUUUUAUAAUUGAUCAAGAUAAAAUUGAAGAUGAUUCACAAACGGCAAAAAAUGAAAAUUCAAUGGAUGAAGAUAUAAAUAACGAAAAACAAAAUUAUAGAGUUGAUGAAGAUGAAAUUGAUGAAGAUCAUGAAGAAAAUGAUGCAAAUCAUGAAGAUAAUAAUAAUGAAGAAGAAGAAGAUGAAGGAGAUGAAGAAGAUGAUGAAAUGAAAAAUAAAUAUUUAGCUAAUGUAUUAGCAUUUCAUGGUACUAAUGUUCCAGGUAUAUCAUUACAAGCAUAUUUAGCAAGAGUUUUAAAAUAUUGUCCAGUUACAAAUGAAGUAUUUUUAUCAUUAUUAGUUUAUUUUGAUAGAAUUGCAAAAAAAGCCAAUAAUUUAAAUCAAAAAAGAAAAAAUCAAAAUUAUAAUAAUAAUCACCAGCAAAAUAGUAAUUCAGAAGAAAAUCAAUCAAAUUCAUCAAUUGAAGCAGAACAAUUAUUUGUAAUGGAUUCAUAUAAUAUUCAUAGAUUAAUAAUAAGUGGAAUAACAGUAAGUUCAAAAUUUUUUUCAGAUAUUUUUUAUAAAAAUUUAAGAUAUGCAAAAGUUGGAGGAUUACCAUUAGAAGAAUUAAAUUAUUUAGAAUUACAAUUUUUAUUAUUAUUAGAUUUUAAAUUAAUGAUUAGUGUUGAAGAUUUACAAAAUUAUGGUGAUUUAUUAUCAAGAUUUUGGAAAAGAGAACAACAACAACAACAACAACAACAACAACUGCAGCUGCAACAACAGCAACAAGGUCAAUCUACUCAGUUUAAUCCUCAACAAACUAAUCAAACUCCUACUGGUAAUAGUGGUAAUGGUGAAGAACAAAACAUUCAUCAAACAACAGGUGAAGUUCAAGGUUGA